AUGGCCGCCGAAGUUACCGCCACCUCUUCUGACGAUGUGAUGCGCGACGCGCCAAGCACGGCCGAGUGUUCGAAGCAAGAGAGCACUGCUCUGUUAACGCGCGUCGCACAUGCGUUGGCGGACUACGAGAUCGCAAGUACGGACCCUCCUCCGAGGCGUGUACGAUUCGAACUCGAAGACACCGAAGGAAAACUUGGCGUACUACCAGGGAGGUCGGGAUUGGGAUGGUCAGGAUACAUGCAAAUUGUCCGCGCCGGGAAGCACACUGCGAGCGAUUCUGUAGACAGCAGUAACGCAGAGGCUUCCUUGUCCAAAAGACGCAAGCUUCGACAGGAGAAGGAGAACGCGGUUGAAGAGACCAAUGAUGCGCUCACUUCACUCGUCCCGGCUCAGGAAUUGCAAGAAUCGGACAGGAGCGUGGCGUACAUGAUUGAGGCUCUCAUAGACUUGCUCGACAGAGUACACAAGGGCUACCAAUCAGAGAGAAAUGCGAGGGAAAUGUUCCAAGCAAGUGAAGAGCAGAUGGCGACAGAGUUGUCUCAACUCCAAGCAUCCGGGAUACAUAGCCGAAAUCUCAAACGAAUGAAACGUCAGUUGGAGACCACAUGCAAAGAAGCUGCUGCUCUGAAGUCCGCACUCUACUCAAGCAGUCUAGCCUUAGACGAAGCAAUGGUUCGACUCAUCUGUCACUCGCCGCGUCCAUCGACCCCUCAGAGCCGUCUCGAAGGGUUACAGGGCCUGGAUCUCGCUUCACAUUUGGUGCACCCGAUGGCGAACUACGUGCAUUUCUGCAACAUAUUCUAUUGCUCUGCUGAGCUUGUAGUUGAACAUUGUUGGAAAGGGACAACUUUCGUAAUCGGAUACGACGCACCGCCGUUGGAGGAUGUCAUGGAAGAAAUCGUCAUCGGACGUAUAGAUCACAGCCCGGGUCUCCCUCUCAUACCGGGUCAACCUGGUGCUAUAAUGACCCAUGAUAUCGACAAAUCUUCUUUCGGCGCUAAUGAACCGGUCGAUCUCGUUGUGCUCUGGCCCACUGCAGACCUACCAGCAGAUGGCGACUUACUCACCAGGUAUCUUGGACAGUACGAAUCAGCAUCGGACUGGGAAAUAGUACCCAAAGAAGAUUGGAAAAACUUCUCUGAUAUCGUUCGCCAAAAUUGGUGCAAGUUUCUGGCCAACCCCUACACAGAAGCAGGUGUCGUGGAAAAUAAUGACUGGACGAUUGCCGCUCGCAUAAGCCUUCGCAAAGCAGGACACCUCACUCUUGACGGCGCUCUGGUCUCAGAGUUGGUCGAAGAUAUGGAUGCCUUCUACAAUCCUGACGCAGAUUCAGAUCGACCAGGCAAGCCUAGUGAUGUCACUCCCGAGGAAGUCGAUGACGCUCUGAGCGCGGGGCAAGAGGUCUUAUAUUUCCGCAUCCUGAAACCUUUGAAGUUUGAUCUCAAAGUUCACGAGAAGCUGCAGACUCUCGACGCUGAGCGCAUGAAGAAAUAG